AUGUUUGAAGCGGCAGUUAUGGGAGCAAUUUGGGGUGACCCAAUUGCUCCUGAAACUCAGCCAGACGAAGAGGCGGUUUGGCUGAAUCAAGCUAUCACGGACGCCUGUGACAUUUCUAUGUCUAGGGUCCGAAAAGUGGCGGCACGUAAGUCGACUUAUUGGUGGUCACCCGAGAUCGCACGACUACGUUCGGAGUGUUUGGCUCGCAGGAGGCGAUACACCCGAGCCAGAACACGUAGAAAUGUCGAACCGGAGGCACUAGAGGUUCUACAUGUCUCCUUGCGCAAAAUGCAACAAACGCUUAGAAGUGCUAUAAUAACAGCAAAAAAGGUGGCCUGGAAGGAAUUAAUUUCCACGGUAGAUGAUGAUCCGUGGGGCACACCUUAUCGGGUUGUGAUGUCUUGCUUGCGGGCAGCUGGACCACCCGCUACGGAGACAAUGAACGUCCCUGAGGUAUUGGACGUUAUUAAUAGCCUCUUCCCUGUACGCAAAGUUAAUUGUGCAGAAACACGGAACGAGGAUUUGCUGACACCUGACCUUGAGGUCAAUGUAUCGGAGCUUAAUGGGGCUGUCCGACGAAUGACUAGGAAGCGUACUGCUCCAGGCAUGGACGGUAUCGCUGGUCCUGUAUGGAAUUGUGUUGCGGCAAUAGCACCGAAUAUCAUCCUAAGGUGUUUCAAUAAUUGCCUGUAUCGCGGCAUAUUUCCGGUAACUUAG